CAGUACGGCAGUACCUUGCUCGAUCAAGAUUUCAAACAUCAGACCCACCGCUCAUUUCAUUGACGAGACAACUGCAUCUUGAUUACCAUUCACUCGCUCAUUGAUCGGUGAUGAACUCAAGCAUCUUCUUGAAAAGGCUGGGUCGCACCGCCCUACAGCCUGUGUUGUCGCGAAGCUUCACCAGCACCAUCCCCGCAUUGUCCAGCGCAAUCCCUCCGAGAGGGUGGACCCCAACACCAUUUGUGACUGAAACAGUGGGAGGCGGUUGGCACACAUAUGAUAUCUUUUCCAGAUUGUUAAAGGAGCGCAUAAUCUGCCUCAAUGGCGAAGUAGACGAAACCAUGUCCGCGUCGAUAGUCGCCCAGCUCCUCUUCCUCGAAGCCGACAACCCUCAGAAACCUAUCCACCUAUACAUUAACUCCCCUGGUGGCUCAGUGACAGCUGGUCUCGCCAUCUACGAUACAAUGACCUACAUCGCAUCCCCCGUCAGCACAAUCUGCGUUGGACAGGCAGCCUCCAUGGGUUCGCUACUACUUUGCGGCGGCAACCCGGGGAAACGGUACUGUCUCCCGCAUUCGUCUAUCAUGAUACACCAGCCCUCGGGUGGGUACUUCGGACAAGCGAGCGAUAUCGCCAUUCACGCCAAGGAAAUUCUCCGUGUUCGCAGCCAAUUGAAUAAGAUCUACCAGCGGCACCUGACGGGGAAGAAAGUGCUGUCUCUUGAGGAGAUCGAGAAGUUAAUGGAGCGUGAUUACUUUAUGGGGGCGCAGGAGGCUUUGGAGAUGGGUAUUGUCGAUGAGAUUCUGGACCGCAGGGUAAAGCCGCAGAACGAAGGAGGAGAAGGGGAAGGGAAGCCGCCGGUGCCGUGAAAGAGGCGGGGAUAUCUAUGUCUUUGAUGAAAAAAGUGCAUACAUACCCAAUGCUAUGCUUGCUUAGUCCUCUUCAUGGGGUUCCACCGUGUUGGAUGACACAGUGACACGUGAGCCCUGGCUAUCAAG